UGUGUCUAUUCAACUGGAAAAGGUGGGGCUGCGGGACAUGAUGCUGAACGCCUUCCUCCUGAGGAAACAAACCAUGGCCGACAGAACGAAGAGCCCUGAUGAAAUUGGAAAAGUCUAGAGAGAUGUUAUAGUUGAAUAUUGUCAGAAGUUUAACCACCGCAUGUCUCACUAUGCUCUUCGGGGUCAGAUCAUGGCAUACUGCAAUAGCCUGAGAGAUCUUCUGGAAGAUUUUCCUACCAUCAGGGACACCUUUUUCAUGGUAGGGCAACCACAAGAGAAGAAGGGGUUGAGAGACUCCAAGGAGGGCCUCAAGGCUGACCCCAGAAGAUUUCAGCCCCGGCCACGAUGUUUGCUGUCAGCGGAUGGAAAAGUCUUCCUCAGUUUAUGGUUCAUACCCCAUUCUUCUGAAGUGCUGGUUAUGUUCAAAACUCUGCCAGAAAAGGCAGCUUUUAAAGCCUUAAAGCGAACUCUACAGCUGAUAGCUCCUCUGCAUGAUAUCGUGGCCUACCUUGUCAGUUUUGCUAAGCUUGGCAAUUGUUCAGCAUGUUUUGAAUUUCCUCGAAGUCCCAACCCUUUGAGAGGUGACUGGGGAGGAACUGAGGGCAUUGGGUCUGAGCUUCAAGAGCUGCAGAACAUGAUUGACAGCCUCCAGAGCCCCCAAGACCCUACCCGGGUGGCCCAGGCACUCCUCCUCCGGAGGGAGGUUAUGUUUUUGCAGUUUGAUGCUGCAGUAAGGCAUCUCAUCCGAAGAACAUUUUUGGCAGCUGGAAAUGUUCCUGCCUACCAGUCUGUCACAGACGGCAUGUGCCAUGGGCUACCAGCACUGAGCAACUCUCUCAGGAAGAGCAUUUUUGCCUCGCAGCUCAGCCUGCCCCAGCCACUGGAUCCACGGAGCCUCCAGGCAUUUGAGCUGUUUCCUUGGAGAGCAUUUCUGGAAGAUGGAGGACCAUUCCCAGUUAUGAGUAGCAGCCCAGAUACCCUAGAAUAUAAUAUGCAGGUAGGAUAGGUCUUCUCCAUUGUUGCAGAGAGAACUGAGUGCAGACUGCAAAGAUGGUUGCCAUUGGGUUCACAGGUCAGAUCCUCCUACUCUCACCCACGAUGGAUAAUGUGUGAGAUAAGCAGGGUGUUUGAUUUUGAGGCUGUAAACCCAGGGUCACGAGGUGAGUCACAUUUUCUUAUGAUAGAAGGGAAGCAUGCUCUCAACUGGCAUGGGCCUGGGUUGUAGACUCAGCUGCAGUUUUCAUAACAGUAGUGAUCUGGGAGAAUGGCCAGUCAUCUCCAGUCAUGGGCUGGGCCUCUUAGAGAAACUCCCAGGCUGGCAGCUCAGAGAUGUGUGACUCCUGACCUGUCCAUAAACAGUUGUGGGAAGGGAAC